AGGUUGUGAUGUUAAUGAUAUGAAGGCCUCUGAGGAUGUCAGGCCUGCUUAAAAAUCCAGCUCAGCUGAUCAUCCAGAGAAAACACACCCAAUGCUGGUAGCCUGUUAACUAGCACUUGACCAGUACGUUUUUUCAGAAUGACCAGCUGAUCUUGAGCUGGAUUUGUUAAGUGGACAAGGAAUUCUUGGAUCUGUUUUAAUGAAUUGAAAAAAAGAAAAAUUGAAAUGACUCCUCUUUUUUGUGGACUGAAGUGUAAACUAUAUAAACUCUAAAAAAAAAAAGCUUCUUUAAAGUGACGGUCCACAUUCCUCUCUAUGUGUAAUGAUGUGUUCACUCAGAGAGUGGAGUCUGGAGGAGUACUGUUACUCAGAGUGUGUAGGUUACAGUGAGCCGGUAUGAAGGUGGUGUUGGGUUUCAGGGAGCUGAGGUAACCCUGGAGCUGAAUGAAGAGUCGGUGUGAGAGCUGGUGGUCUUGGGCAGAGGCUGGAUGUCGGGGCGCAGAGCAGGGGAGCUGUAUGAGCUGAACAUGCGGAGAGAGACGUGGUGCCGUGUGGAGCAAGCGGGCAGCAGCAUCGGGGAGCUGCCUCACAGGAGACACUUCAGCUGUCACCUCCGAAACACCUGCGACUUCAGCGCCCUGCUCACCGCCCGGCCCGAGCAGCGGAGCGCCUGGACCGGGACUCCGGACAGAUACCGCGAGAGGAGACAUUUUGAGGAGAGCUAUAAAGUUCAUCUCAUGUGAACAGCAGCAAUCAAGGUCCAGAAAGCAUGCUGAACCAUGUGGAUAAGCACCAUUAAACUGUGUG